UGGGGUUCUGAAUUGAUUGACGUUUAUGGUGGAUACAAAUUGGAUAGUUAUAAUAUACUUAGUCCAACUUUGCCAUUUGUAGUUGUGGCGGUACAUUUGGAAAGGAAUAUCGAGUCUCGGAAGUACAACCACAUGGAUGAUAAAUACAAAAUAAGAUUAGGAACCUAUACUGCUGAACUGGCUGAGGGGAAAAGAAAAUUGGAUGUGUUGUUCAAACGGAUUUACGAGGACGAGGAGUUAAGGAAGAUUUCGAAAUACUUUUGCUUGUGUAAUCUUCAAUUCAUAUGA